AUCUUAUCUGGGGCGACUAACCCUACUUUGAGGGAUGCAAGCUCCCGCAUAGACAUCGAGCCAUCCUCAUCGGAACACGUCUCAAGGUGACGUUUGCGAGGACAGUUUAGAAUCAGGACUUUUGUCUCAAGGUUUUGACGCCCGGGAUGCUUUAUUAGUAGAUGCUGAGAAGCAGGCCCUCCCGUUCCUAAUCAAAAUGCCUUUCGCACAGAUCGACGACAAGGGAACCUCCAUCUACUAUGAGGACUCUGGCGCGCCAGAUGGCUAUCCAAGAUACACCACCGUUGUUUUCGUGCAUGGUACACUGAUCAACUCAGCUACUUUUCAACGGAUGUUGCCAUACGCCCCUAAGCACGGCUUGCGCAUGAUUACCAUGAAUUGUAGAGACUAUCGCGGGUCUUCGCCAUACACCACAGAAGAACUGGCAGAUAUCGUGAGCUCCGAUAUCGACGUUCAAGCAUCGGUGGUGCGUAAAUGGGGGCGAGAGGUUGCCCUCUUCCUCGCAUACGUCUGCCAAGUAUUGCGCACCCCUGCCAUAGCAGGGGAGGGUGCCAAAAAAGAGGGUGGGGUGGUAUUGGUGACAUGGUCUUCGGGCGGCAUCGCGGCCUUGUCUAUUCUAGGAGAUCCACAGACAUUAGGAGACGACCUAGCAGCAACGCUGACUCCUUACCUACGCAAGAUCAUCCUCUACGAUCCGCCAAGUAGGGCAUAUGGCUUCAUGCUGGACGCAGGCUUUGCCUUCCCCCUCGUUGACCCUUCAAUACCUCCUGAAAAGAAGGCGGACGCGUUCCUCGACUGGGCGUCCGCCUACCACACGGCGAUACCAGACGGGGUCGCUAUUACGCCCGAAGCACUGCUUAAGUACAACAUCGCCCUCCCGCGCACACCGACGCUUCGCACGCUGGCCCCAGAGGACCUCGAGCGCACCAUCGAUCGUACAGUCGCCACCCGCUCUGUGGCGAUCUCGGGCACGGACGCGCGAAUCCGCCAGAGGCACGCUCGACGCGCGUUCUUGGACGCAGACGCGGUCCUGCCUGACGUCGACCUCCUCGUGCUCUGGUGCGACCAAUCUGUGUGGCUCACAAUCUGGGGAGUGAAAGUGUUCGACAACCUAGCUAGCGAGGAAGUCGAGCCGGGUAAGAGGAAGAGACGGGCUUCUCUCCUGCGGGUGAGGGAUGCGAAUCAUUUUGUUCACUGGGAUGAGCCGGAAAGGAUGGUUCGUCUUUUUGCGGAGAUUUGUAGCAAUUCCUCGUCUGCGACCACGACCACCGGCUUGGCCAGGAGCGGGAUGUAGAAAUCUUGAAAGAGUGUGAAAUGUACUUGUAUAAUAUGAAAGACUACCUAUCAUUGGAUUGUAGCUUAGCGUGCCGCACUUUCACAGGCGCGGACGCGAGCAGAACCUCUACCGAU